UAGAAGCAACGGACACGACCGUUUGGAGCGUGGGGGAAGGACGUGACAAGAAGUAAUCAUGUAUAGAUUUAUAUUCCGGACUGUGUACACGGUUCGGACUUCUUCUGUUAUUAUAUGUGAGUCGCGUCUGCUGCCAGCGAAAUGCAACACUGCUGCGGCUCCAGUUUUUAAGGUUGCUAAUGAAGGUGGAGUCAAAGCCCUCAGCACAAGUUCAUUCAGACUCUGUGAAAAGAAAGAUGUUUCCCCCUCUAAUCAAAAUGAGAAAACAAAUGUGGAUAAAGAGGGCGAGCAGACAGAAUCUCCAACUGAUUUUAAACAAAAAGCUGAAGAUGAUAGCAGAGUCAUCAAGAUGGAUGAACAAAGGGAGGAGCCAGUAGUGUUAAAGACAGAUGGUGGUGAUAUAUCUGUGGAGACAGAUGUCAUAACUGGACAGGAUGCAGCAAAGCUAAUACAAGAAAACACUGAUGCAGCCAAGAGUGGGAAGGAGAAUCUCCUUGACCUUCUUGGAGCCAUGAAGGUGGAAGUAACUAAUAAGAGGAAGCUCAAAAACUUGAAAGUGAAGCAGACUUAUGAGUCUACCCCCAAGCCAAAGCCUGCCGCUAUGGAGAGCACCAUCAGUAUGUUUCAAAAGGCUACAGAGGAGGCUUCAUCACAGAGUGAGAGUCUGGAUCCUGAACUGGUUGCAGCUGCGUCUGCCGCUGCUUCCACUUUGCCUAACCGCAGCCAGGCUGAGUCUGAGCUGCUCAUGCAGCUGAGGCAGCACGAGUCUGUCACUGUAGCUCAGAAGAAAGGGGACAUGAACAAUCUGGGAGACAUUAUCGCUGACAUGAAGGUAGGAAGGAGCCCCAACAAACACAAAGCUUGGCCAGCUCAUCAGAUCCGGUUUGACGAGGACGGGCGAGGAUACACACACGACAGAGGAAUCUCUGAGCUGGAAGGUGUGCGGAGAAGGAGGAACUUGUUCUCGGGGAAAAGACUCAACAUUUUCUCCCCCCCUACUGAUGAAGAAGGAGUUGACUCAGCAGUUGCGAGGCCCACUCUUUGGGACAUAGACUUUGCUCAUCAGUUGUCACAGGCGCCCAACCACAAACCCCGCAAUGUGCUUGAGGAAAUGAUCCAGUGGACCAAAGAGGGAAAAGUGUGGCACUACCCAAUUGACAAUGAAGCUGGGCUUGAGGAGGAAGCCAGUGUCCCGUUCCAUGAGCACAUCUUCCUUGAUAAACACUUGGAGGAGGGCUUCCCCCGUCAGGGACCAGUGCGUCACUUCAUGGAGCUUGUGGUGGCUGGUCUGUCCAGAAACCCCUACGUGACUGUCCAGCAAAAGAAAGAGCACAUUUCCUGGUUCAGAGACUACUUUCAUCAAAAACAGAAUGUCCUCAAGGAAGCUGAUGUUUACCUCAACUAAACUUAGGAAGAUUAAAUAUGUUUUCAACAUUCACUGAAAGUGGACACUUAACAGCAAGAACCAUUUCCUCUGUCAGGUUCCAUUAGAAACCAGGCUUGGAUUUCUGGACUCUUCAAGGAGACCCGGUGUCAAAUAUUGUACAGAUUUAAGUUUUUAAAAUGUUGAUCAGACAUGUUUAAUCACUUCAACACUGGCUUGUUGCAGGACGGAGGAGAAACUGAUACAAGUGCUUGUACAAAAUAUACAAAAAGUGUAAAGUAAGCAAAAGUACUGUCAUGGAUUUCUUUGCUCAUUUCAGUGGCUACUAGUCUUCCACUCAUUAGUUCACACUUUAUGUGCAUUGUCCAAUGCUAAUGCAGUCAAAAGGUGACUAGAAGAUA